CCCUUGUCUUCUCCUUCGUCGCUGAAGGAAGAACCCUACUGCAUCUCCGGCGAGAUGCUCCGCCACAUUCCCUGCCGUCUUCUCCGGCCCAUAUCACCGAUGAUGCAUCGCAUCUCCUUCUUCUCUACCGCUCCCACGCCGCCACCAUACCGCCAGCGCCGCGUCCUCGAACCCCCUUCUGAUGAGCUCCCCCAGCUUCCCGACCCGAUCUCCACCCUAUCCAACCUCUGGAUCACCAACUUCCGCUCCCCAACCUCUUCGCCUCCUCCCCUUUCCCCUCUCCUCUCCCGGCCUGAGCUCUGGCUCCUCGCCUACCAGAAGGCCGCUGCCGAUGCCACGGGAUCCUACCAAACCCGCUCCUCCAUCCCCCGGUCCACCCUGGACGCGCUCCUCGCCCUCCGCAAUGCCGUUCUCGAUGGUCGUUUCCGCUGGGGCGGCCGCCUCAACCUCCUCCUCCGCGCUCCCAACGACAAGACCGAUCCUUCCACUCUUUCCAAGCGUAAGAUCCGCCAUCUCCUCACCUCCUCCCAGCCUCCCCCUUUCCAGGACCGCGUCGUCCAGGAGAUCCUCCUCAUGCUCCUCGAGCCCGUCUAUGAAGCCCGCUUCUCCUCCAAGUCCUUUGCUUUCCGCCCUGGCCGCACCGCCCACACCGUCAUCCGCACUAUCCGCCGGAACUUCGCCGGCUACUUGUGGUACGUUAAGGGUGAUCUCUCUUCGGUUUUUGAAAGUAUUGAUACUGGUUUGGUCCUCAAUGCCGUGAUUCGUGAUGUUCGUGAUAAAAAGAUCGUAGAUUUGAUCAAGUCCGCGCUUGUCACUCCAGUUAUUGUUGGUCGUCCUGAGAAUGAAGAGGAGAGAAAGAAGAAGAAGAAGAAGAGGAAGUAUCAGAAGAAGAAGGUGUUAGCUGAGGAUGAACCAAAGCCUGAUCCUUACUGGCUCCAAACCUUCUUUGGGUUUGCGCCAGAGGAAGCAGCAAAGGUUCCGGAUUGGGGACAUUGCGGUUCACUGAGUCCAUUGCUUGCUAAUCUGGUUCUCGAUGAAUUGGAUAAGUGGGUGGAGGAGAAGAUCAAGGAGUUUUACAAGCCUUCCAAAAGUGAUGUUAUUUGGAAUAGUGAGGAAGGGGAUGGGGAGCAAGGUAACACCUCUUGGCCGGAAUUUGUACCAACUAGUGGCCCGGAUAAGACCAGGAAGAUGGAUUAUAUUCGGUAUGGCGGGCAUUUCCUUAUCGGUAUUAGGGGACCUCGGGCUGAUGCUGCGGUGCUGAGGAAGCAGUUGAUUGAGUUUGUCGAUCAGAGGUUUCAGCUCAAGUUGGACAAUGAGAGCCUUCCAAUUGAACACAUCACUAAGGGGAUAAUGUUUCUUGACCAUGUUCUGUGUCGACGUGUGGUUUACCCAACACUUCGAUACACCGCAACAGGUGGUAAGAUCAUCAGUGAGAAGGGUGUAGGCACACUGUUGUCAGUCACAGCAAGCUUGAAGCAGUGCAUUAAGCAGUUUCGGAGGCUGGAAUUCUUGAAAGGUGAUAGGGAUCCUGACCCACAACCUUGUUUUAGGAUGUUCCAUGCUACACAAGCACACACCAAUGCACAGAUGAACAAGUUCUUGUCCACCAUGGUAGAAUGGUACCGAUAUGCAGAUAACAGAAAGAAAAUUGUGAACUUCUGUUCUUAUAUCAUUAGGGGUUCACUUGCAAAGCUUUAUGCUGCUAAGUACAAGCUUCGUUCUAGGGCUAAGGUUUACAAGAUUGCAUCAAGAAAUCUUAGCCGACCAUUGAAGGAUAAGAAGGGUCAAUCUCCGGAGUACCAGAACUUGUUGAGAAUGGGUCUUUUGGAUUCCAUUGAUGGUCUGCAGUUCACCCGGAUGUCUCUUGUUCCUGACACAGACUACACUCCGUUUCCAAGUGGAUGGAGGCCGGAGCAUGAGAAAAUUAUAUUAGAAUACCUAAGGCUGGAGGACCCAAUGACCUUGGAGGAGCAGCGAAAGGCUCUUAGAGAAGAGGGGCUUAUAACGCCGCAGGAUUAUAUGUCCAUUCUUGUUUGGAAUUAUAAGAAGAAUGCACUUAUGUUGCCGCCAUUAGGAGCAGGCAAUACUCAAAGAGCUAAGGAAGAGCUUUUGAGAUUGGAUAAGCAUGAGGGUAAGUUUGAAUCAGGCGACGAGGAAGAGAGUGGAAGUGUUAUGCAGGCUGCACAGAUGUGAUAGUUGUGUUCUAACAUUCAAUUCUACAUUAUACGUAUUAAUAUUUCAUGGAUAAAUUUGAAGGAAAGAUCUUCAUAACAGUUUGGUCUGGGAAGCCGGUCCAUGUAUGAUGUUAGAAUGUAUCCUGUAAAUUAAAUAGAUUUUACUCUUUCUGAUGAAUGAGAAGUGAAGAGAAGUGCAUUCCUUCCAUGGCUGCUGCUGAUUGGCUAAAGAUUUGCCAGAGUGAUCUAUUUUCCUUUUGGAUUACUCUCAACUUUUUCCUGGGAGUGGUAUGAAAGAGAGCUUUGGUGAUGCGUUAUGCCCUGCUAAAUGAUAGAUGAUUGAAAGUUGAAACACAGAGAACCUUGAUGAGGUCUAGAGAUUGCACACUGGGCAAGGUUAGCCAUCUGCCUUUUUGUACAGCUAUUUUAUUCUGCAAUGUUAUAUGAGUACCUGUUGAAUUUGUUUGAAGAUGAUACACCUGUAUCUUGAUUCAGAUUUUAUGCAUUUGCAUACCCAAUGUGCUCUUUUUUCUUUUCUCGAAUUGCUCGUAUUAGUUUAGGUCACAUUGAUUGGUAAUGAAAAAGAGCUGAUAGUUCCAAUUGACUAUUUAUAGUUAAUGCUGUAUUAACUGAUCUUGCCUUGGUUAGUGAAGGUUGUAUUUUAAUAAUAUGAAGAAGCAAAUUAACUGUCAUUUAUAUUUUCUUCAAGAAGCAAUUUAGAGGACAGAUGCAAUGAAGUAGAAGUUAAUUUUAAUGAGAAUCAGUUAAGUCAUUGUUGUAUAAGGAUUUAGAAACAGCUAACUAUCAAAUAAUUAAAUGUACUAAACUGAAUAUAUUUGUGAAAUUAACAUGUGUUGUUGCGGUUGUAUAUUGUAGCUUGGUAAUAGAUCUUUUGCAACUUUAUAUUUAGCUACAUAUUCUUGCUUUUUCAUCUUUUGAGUUAUAAAAACCAUGAGAGGUUCUCUAUUGAAACUGUUUUUGCCUUUUGUAAUGUUAGGUCAGAGAAAA